AUGUCAAUCUUUUUGGCCAUGGAUGACUACAAACAAACUGGAAAACCCAUAGCUCCAAACAAAUGAAUUUCACUUUUACUUCACCUUCCCUGUUCAGACUCUGAUCAAGAAAGAUCCUCUACACGCUUAGUCAAAAACCCAACUCGUAAAAGAAGAUAAAAAAAAAAAAACCAUUAAAAGAAUGAGAGAGAAAGUAAACAACCAUGUCUUUGUGUCAUGGGAGAGAUGAAGAAAAAAAAAAUAAAACUAAAAAAAAAAAUUAAAAAAAAUGAGAGCCAAAAGGGGAGAGAAAAGUGGAGAUGGGGCAGCCAAAAAGGAGGAAAGAUUGGGAGAAAAGUUGAGGAGAGGUGCUUUGGUAGGGAAGAGGGUGGGUCUUUUUUGUUGCACUCCGGUUUCACUUUGGAUUGCCUCUCCACCCACUGCGCAUUUUAGCAUCAUUGCCAACAACCAGGAGGAGCCUUCUUUUUCUCUUACUAAGCUUGCUACUGUUGUUUCUGCUAGAAAGCUUGCUGCUGCUUUCUGGGAGUUCCAGUAUUCUAAAAUGCACCGGGGUGUGCAUAUUAAUAAUCACAGUAAUGGUGCUGCUUCUGGUGAUCCUAGGUUGCGCCGCCACCAAAACCGGCGCCAUCUUUUUAAGGAGAAGGGCCUUGACCUAGCCCACUGCUUGGUUGAUCAUUCCCGUAGUUCUCCUGACCAGCCAGAGAGUGCAGGCAGUUUGAGGAGACAUAUUGCUGCAUCACUAAUUCAGCAUCAUCUAUCAAUUGAAAGAAGUAAUCAUGCUCUACAGCCUGUAUCUCCUGCAAGUUAUGGCAGUUCUAUGGAGGUGGCACCUUAUAAUCCUUCAGUUACACCUUCCAGCUCAUUAGACUUUAGGGGAAGGAUUGGUGAGUCACACUAUAGUCUUAAAACAUCCACUGAACUGCUAAAAGUAUUAAAUAGAAUCUGGAGCCUGGAAGAACAACAUGCAUCUAAUAUGUCAUUGAUAAAGGCAUUGAAAACGGGGCUGGAUCAUGCUCGUGUCAGGAUAAAAGAGCUUCUUCGAGAUCAGCAAGCACAUCGGCAUGAGAUAGACGAUUUGAUGAAACAAAUUGCAGAAGAUAAACUAGUUAGGAAGAGCAAGGAACAGGACCGGUUACAUGCUGCAAUUCAAUGUCUCAGGGAUGAGCUAGAAGAUGAGAAGAAGUUAAGAAAACGAUCUGAGAGCCUACACAGGAAAUUAGCUCGAGAACUUUCUGAAGUCAAAUCUUCUCUUUCUAAUGCUGUUAAAGAGAUAGAAAAAGAGAGAAAAUCAAGAAAAUUGUUGGAAGAUCUUUGUGAUGAGUUUGCUAAGGGAAUUAAAGACUAUGAGCAGGAAAUGCAUGUUCUGAAACCAAAAUCUGACAAAGAUUGGGUUGGAAGGGCUGAUGGUGAUCAUUUAAUUCUCCACAUAUCUGAAUCAUGGCUGGAUGAGAGGAUGCAGAUGAGGCUAGAAGAAGCUCAGCAUGGUUUUGCUGAAAACAAUUCAAUAGUGGACAAAUUGGGUUUUGAAAUAGAGACCUUCCUUAAAGCCAAGUGGAUUGCUAAUUCUAAGAUUACUGAUAACAAGUUGCCAAGGGAAUGCCGGAAUUCAAUGGAAUCUGUUCCCCUGAAUGUGGCUGGGAGUGCACCUCAGGAUGUCGGUGAUGAAGAGGAUUCUGCAAGUAGCGAUUCACAUUGUUUUGAGCUUAACAAACCAAGUAAUGUUGAAUUUAACAUGCAUGGAGAUGAUGCUGUAGGUGGACAUAUUGAUGAAACAGUCAAAUCUAGUCAAACGAAAAAGUUUGCAUCUGGUGAGAGAAUUAGAUGUCAGAAUCCAUCAAGCUUGCAAGUUAAAUUCAAAGAACAGACGGCUUGGGCAAUGGCAUCUAAUGGAAACGAGAAGUCUCAGUUGGUGGGCACAGAAGAGGUAAAAACAAGUGAAAGGAAUCAAAAUGAAAUGAGUAUUUCAUGGAAGUCUGAAAAUUAUGAUGCUAUUGAAGGUGCCAACCUUGUAAAAGUUAAUAAAGUUGAUGAGAUCCAUGGGCUGAACCCAAAUUAUGUGAUUGAUAACUUAAUAAGAAGUCAUAUUUCAUCAUCAGAAGCUGGGAAUGUGCAUCAUGAAAAUGUUGCAGGUGAGGCUUCCUCCAGUUACCCAUCCCGGAGAAAUGCUAGUCCAGUUAGACAGUGGAUGGCAAAACUCGCAACCCCAGAUCUGGACAUUUCUGAGUCUUCCACUAAAGUGCCUCCAACGUUGAAGGAAAAUACUUUGAAGGCAAAGCUUCUAGAAGCACGAUCAAAGGGGCCGCGUGCACAUUUAAAAUUAUUCAGAGGUUCCUCUUAAGCCUUUAAGAAGGCAGCUUAAGAGUACAGACUUCAGAGCUCCUUAUUGCUUCUGGGAUUUGGCUCUUUUGCCUUACCCGGCGAUCAGGAACUCAUGUUUUGUGAAUAUUUGACCACGCAGUAUCUUGAAUAUGAUGUUGCUUCUGCAUCUUCAAUUACAGCUUUAUUUUCAUCAUUUGUAAUUUUAAAUUCAAUUCUGUAUAUGAGUGUAAUAUUACAACUUAGAUGCAUGGAUAAGACAAAUUUCAGGGGGCAUAACAAUUUUGAGUAAUUUUCUAGGUUUGUCAUCGGCCGAAUUCUCUAUGCAUUAUGUAUUCAUGCUCUAGCUUUUAACUUUGUAUGGUUGACUUUAUUGGAAAAGCAAGCCUGCUGAGACGUGGAAGUGAUUUAAACCACCA